AUGGGAGUGUCUGCUUCUUCACCCCUGAUAGGAACCUUGAGUACGCUAGUAAAAGUAAGAGGAGUAAAAUUGUCAGAACAUGUGUUGAAAACUUUUUUGCAGGAGAUUAAAAAGGAAGCGCCCUGGUUUGAGACCUCUGGGUCCUUUGACAGACAGACUUGGGGUAAAUUAGGCACAGAGUUAAAGUUAAAAAGAGAACAGGGGCGUCUUCGAGUGGGAAUAUAUCCAAUAUGGAAAAUUAUUGAUGCAUGUUUUGAAGAUGAGAAAUGUUUAGAUGUGUUGAGAGAUGGACAACUGGCUCUCGAGGAGCAUCGAGAUAGUUUAUCAGAAACAGAGGAGGGUAAAGAUGAGAAAAGAGAAAACAAAGAGAAACAGAGCUCGAGCCGAACAGAAAAGGAAAGAAAAGAGGAAGUUCUGGGGCUCAACAGCCUGGGUCCUAGACGGCUGGGGGAGGAUAAAAGGCUGUAUCCUUCUCUAGCAGAAUUUAAGCAACAAGAAGCAGUUAAAGAAGCAGUUAAAGAAGAAAAUAAAAAUCAGUUAACAUUAGUGAGUAAUUUUCAGAAACUAGAAAUGAACCGCACCUCUUCUACUUCCUCUUCUGACGAGGAGGAAGAAGAAGGAGCUCCGCCGCCGUCUUGGCGAAAACAGGAACCAAAAAAGAGGGAAGUUAAUCCGCCAUUGCGGAGAGUAACAAAGAAUAGGGAAGUUAUGCCGCCAUUCUGGGAAGCAACAGAAAAGGGGGGAGUCAUACCGCUAUCUCAGGAGGCAGCUGAAAUAAGACCUUCAGCGCCACCUGGUGGGCAAAAUCUUUUGUCUUUUUGUACAGCUAAGAGUAGAAGAAAGAUAGCAUUGGCUUUUCCUGUCUUUGAAGAUGCCAAUCAACAGAGAUAUCAUGAGCCAAUAUCUCUUGAGCAUAUUAAAUCUUUGGUGGAGGCAGUGAAAACCUAUGGAGUUAAUGCCACCUACACACAGGCCUUGGUGGAGCGCUUGAAUAGUUUAGCCAUGACGCCUAGUGAUUGGUCUGGAUUAGUAAAGGCUUGCCUAGGUAUGGGCCAAUAUUUAGAUUGGAAAUCUUUAUAUCAUGAAGGCUGUGUCUCACAAGCCCGAGAGAAUGCUUUGCAAGGACAACCUGUUUGGAAUUAUGAUAUGUUAGCAGGUCAAGGGCAAUGGAUUGCAAAUCAGAUAGCCUAUCCUCCAAUGGUAUAUCAACAAAUUAAUAACAUCGCCAUUCGGGCCUGGAAACAUCUGCCCAAUAGGGGAGAGGUUAGCGGUAAUCUUACAAAAAUCAUACAAGGUCCUACAGAACCCUUUGCAGAUUUUGCGGCCAGAUUAAUGGAUGCAGGAGCUAAGGUGUUUGGAGAUGCAGAUACAGCUAUGCCAUUAAUAGAACAGCUCAUUUUUGAACAAUGCACUAAGGAGUGUCGAGCCGCUAUAUUACCAUGGAAAGGAAAAGGGAUAGAUGCUUGGAUGAAAGCCUGUAGGGAAAUAGGAGGACCAUUAACUAAUAACUAA